AUGGCCUCUGGGGUGGAAGUCCUUCGCUUCCAGUUGCCUGGCCACGAGGCCGCUACGCUGCGGAACAUGAACCAGCUCCGCGCAGAGGAGCGGUUCUGCGACGUGACCAUUGUAGCCGACAGCCUCAAGUUUCGUGGCCACAAGGUCAUCCUGGCCGCCUGCUCGCCGUUCCUGCGGGAUCAGUUCCUGCUGAACCCCAGCUCUGAGCUGCAGGUCUCGCUGAUGCACAGUGCGCGCAUUGUGGCAGACCUGCUCCUCUCCUGCUACACGGGUGCGCUGGAAUUUGCAGUCAGGGACAUAGUCAACUAUCUGACGGCAGCCUCCUACCUACAGAUGGAGCACGUGGUGGAGAAAUGUCGGAAUGCUCUCAGCCAGUUCAUCGAGCCCAAGAUUGGCCUUAAAGAAGAUGGUGUCAGUGAGGCUAGCCUUGUGGCUGGGGCUAGCGCCACCAAGUCUCUACUCCCUCCUGCCAGGACCCCAAAACCAGCACCCAAGCCCCCUCCCCCGCCUCCUCUACCACCUCCUCUCCUGCGGCCUGUGAAGCUGGAGUUUCCUCUGGAUGAGGACUUGGAGCUGAAGGCUGAGGAGGAAGAUGAGGAUGAGGACGAGGAUGUAUCAGACAUCUGCAUUGUCAAGGUGGAGUCGGCCCUGGAGGUGGCCCACCGGCUCAAACCCCCAGGAAGCCUGGGAGGGGGUUUAGGCAUUGGGGGCUCCGUGGGCAGCCAUCUUGGGGAACUGGCCCAGAGCAACGUGCCACCCAGCACUGUGACCCCUCCACAAGGUGUGGUUAAGGCCUGCUACAGCCUAUCCGAGGACGCUGAAGGGGAGGGCUUGCUGUUGAUUCCUGGGGGCCGAUCGAGUGUGGGAGCCACCUCUGGUCUGGUGGAGGCAGCAGCGGUGGCCAUGGCUGCUCGGGGGGCGGGGGGCAGCCUGGGUGCAGGGGGCAGCCGAGGCCCCCUGCCUGGGGGCUUCUCAGGUGGGAACCCCUUGAAGAACAUCAAAUGCACCAAGUGCCCAGAAGUAUUCCAGGGUAUAGAGAAGCUGGUCUUCCACAUGCGGGCACAGCAUUUCAUCUUUAUGUGCCCACGCUGCGGCAAGCAGUUCAACCACAGUAGCAACCUCAACCGUCACAUGAACGUGCACCGAGGCGUCAAGUCGCACUCAUGUGGCAUCUGCGGCAAAUGCUUCACACAGAAGUCCACGCUGCACGACCACCUCAAUCUACACUCAGGAGCUCGUCCUUAUCGCUGCUCCUAUUGCGAUGUGCGCUUUGCCCACAAACCUGCCAUCAGGCGACACCUCAAGGAGCAGCAUGGCAAAACCACAGCUGAGAACGUGCUGGAGGCCAGUGUGGCUGAGAUUAACGUCCUCAUCCGCUAG